AUGAAUUCUCCUUUGAAAGAACUAGAAUAAAUUUAAAAGAGACAAAUAGAAUAAGGAUAUUAUCAGAAUGAUACAGAAGAGAUCAAAUAGAUUUUAAAUUCUAUAAAAAUGAUUGCUUAUGAAAAUAUAUAUAAAAAACAAAUUUAACAACCUACAAAAUUAGAUGAGGAAUUUAAACAUUAAGAUGAAAAUGAAAUUAUUUAAUAUUACAGAAAUCAAUAUAAGUCAAUUGAUAUGGAAGAAAGAUUUAAUUUAAAAUCAAGAAUCAUUAAUAAAAAAAUUAUUGAAUAUUAAAAUCGAAACACUCCAAGAAAUUAUAAAAUGGGUUUGCCUUCACUUAGAAAUAGUGAAAAUAUAAGUAAUUCUUUAAAUAAAGGAACAAAACAUGUGGUUAAUCCUUAAACAGAAAGAGGUAGAUUUUAAUAAACCAAAACAUUAUUAAAUAAAACUAUGUAAUAAACUUUCAAUGAUUUUACUUAAUAAUGGAUUAAAAAUGAAAAUCAAAAUUCUCCUUCAUUAACUAAAAAGGAUCCAAAAAUAAAAAAAGGAUAAUCGAUAUUUUUAGAUGAAAUCACCACUAAAGCUUAAUCAAUAAUUUAAUCUGCAACCAUCAAUAAAAAACUAAGAGAAACACUACAAAAUUCACGUAAUUCAUAUACUCCUAAUAACAUAAGGGAUCAAUAAUUGGCAAUUACAUCAAUUUAAUUAGGUAAUCUUUCUUUUUAAGUACCAAAAUGCAAUAAGUUUUUAGUUGAUCAAGAAUUAAGAAUUUUAAGAAGUAGGAUAGCAAAUAAAGCAAAACCAAAUAUUCUAGUAGUUGAUUAAAGAAGAAUGUAAAUAUGA